GCUCGGCCAUUAGAAAACAAUAUGGUCUUCGAAAAAUGCGAGGAAUUCUGGAACAUAGUGCGAGAGAAUAAAAGUUAUAUGGGCGGGUGCUGGGCUAACGUAGACGGAAUGCAGGCACGUAAUCAGGUAUAUAAAGACAUACAGCUGUUUCAUUUUUCAGACAUUGAAGAGCGGGUCGAUAUUGGACAUCAUAUCAAGCAAAUUAUCGUUCGAGUUCGGGAAACUCGUUUGACGGUGAUUAUCUCUCAUUUAAUGAUUGGAUUUUCCCUGUUCAUGGUCCCUGUCCCGUUGAAAUACAUCCCGCCGGCGGUGCUCAACGGACUGUUUGUAUACAUGGCUGUGACAGCAGUCUAUGACAAUCAGCUAUUCGAACGGAUUUUACUAUUCUUCACAGAACAGUCCGCCUAUCCGCCAUCUCAUUAUCUCCGUCGUGUUCCCCAACGUAAAGUCCAUCUGUUUACCAUCACGCAACUGAUUCAGUUGGGUUUGCUUUGCGCCAUCGGUUUUGCCCCGAGCCCGUAUGUGGAACUGGCUUUCCCGCUGCUACUUGUGUUGCAAAUUUUUACCCUAGACGAUUGUUUCUUGCUGUUUAUUAAUUCAAACCAGUUGAAGUCAAUUUGA